UUUCUGUCUCUCACGUCUCUGCGUGUGUGUCUCUGUACCCUGUAUCUCUUCCCGGACCUCUUUUUCGAGUAGUAGCGAGCAUAAUGAGUGGGGGGAUGUUUAGCACUCCCUCCAUACCUGGGCCUCUCCCCUUCCAGACCUUGAGACUCACCCACCUGGCUAUGAGAAAGGAGGCCUGAGAGAGGCCACCCUUUUCUGCUGUGUGAUCUCAGGCCAGCUCCUUUCCCUCACUGUCUCACGCUCCUCACCCAGGUCUAGGAAUGAGAGUGAGGCCUCCUGAGGACCCUCAGCACCCCCAGAACAGCCCAGCAUACAUUGCUUUGAUCUCUGCCCCCAUUUGAAAAAGGGAAGCUGAUGCACAAAGGGGAGAACGUGUGGUCAGAGGUCACACAAGGGCCUUGGAGCCCUCGGAGUCCUGGUCACUCUGAUGGAGAGUACUCAGGCAGAGACCCACCACUGAGACAGGCUGGGAGGAAGUCAGAGGAUGAGUUGAGACAGUGAUGGCCCUGCAGGAAGGGAGAAGGACCCAGAAGUAGGAGGCUCACUUAGCACCACGUGGUGGUCCAGCCUUAUCAUGCAAAGCCAUUCAAUGCCCUAUUGUCGUGGGUACCUAAGCAUCUGUCACUGUGACUAGGACCAGGGGCACAGCUGGAGGCCAAGGGGGUCUGACACAGCAAAAUGAUCUCAGGAGCCUGCGGCAGACAUUGCUAAUCAACCCAGUCUGUGUUCCUGGUGAGCCUGGAUGUGGCUUCAGAAUAAUCCUCCAGGGAAUUCCCCAGUGGUCCGGAGGUUAGGAUUCCAUGCUCUCUGCCGAGGGCCCAGGUUUAAUCCCCCAUCGGGGAACUAACAUCCCAUAAGCUUCAUGAUGCAGCCAAGAAUGGAAAAAAAUAAAAUCAAAGAAUAAUUCUCCAGGCAGAUCUCCCAGACAGCCACUCCCAGCCAAUUGGAGCUGCAGGGCAGUUGACCCUCUGAGCCAUCCUUUAAAUAAGAAUAAAUGACAAGGAAGCAGAAGCCCAAAGAAGAGCUAAGAUUGUCCCUGAGGACAUACAGCCAUAUGGUGGCAGAGCUGCCCCCAGUGUACUGGCCAGUCAUUAAAAACAGCUCUGAAGUCCAACAUAUCCAGCAGAUACUCGGCGCCAUGGAGUCUCAGGUGGCAGGGGGCCCGGCCGGCCCGGCCCUGCCCAACGGGCCACUCCUUGGUACAAACGGAGCCACUGAUGACAGCAAGACCAACCUCAUUGUCAACUACUUGCCCCAGAAUAUGACCCAGGAUGAGUUCAAGAGUCUCUUCGGCAGCAUUGGUGACAUCGAGUCCUGCAAGUUGGUUCGGGACAAGAUCACAGGGCAGAGCCUCGGCUACGGGUUUGUGAACUACUCUGACCCCAACGAUGCAGACAAAGCCAUCAACACCCUCAACGGCCUCAAACUGCAGACGAAGACCAUCAAGGUAUCCUAUGCCAGACCCAGCUCUGCCUCUAUCCGAGAUGCGAACCUGUACGUCAGCGGGCUCCCCAAGACCAUGAGCCAGAAAGAGAUGGAGCAGCUCUUCUCCCAGUACGGCCGCAUCAUCACUUCUCGCAUCCUGGUGGACCAGGUCACAGGAGUCUCUCGGGGAGUGGGAUUCAUCCGCUUUGACAAGAGGAUCGAAGCCGAGGAGGCCAUCAAAGGACUGAACGGGCAGAAGCCGCUGGGUGCGGCCGAGCCCAUCACGGUCAAGUUUGCCAACAACCCGAGUCAGAAGACGGGCCAGGCCCUGCUCACCCACCUCUACCAGUCCUCAGCCCGGCGCUACGCAGGCCCCCUGCACCAUCAGACACAGCGCUUCCGGCUGGACAAUUUGCUCAACAUGGCCUACGGAGUCAAGAGUCCCCUGUCGCUCAUCGCCAGGUUCUCACCCAUCGCCAUCGAUGGCAUGAGCGGCCUUGCGGGCGUGGGCCUGUCGGGGGGUGCAGCGGGCGCCGGCUGGUGCAUCUUCGUGUACAACCUGUCUCCGGAAGCGGACGAGAGCGUCCUGUGGCAGCUGUUCGGGCCCUUCGGGGCGGUCACCAACGUCAAGGUCAUCCGUGACUUCACCACCAACAAGUGCAAGGGCUUCGGCUUCGUCACCAUGACCAACUACGACGAGGCGGCCAUGGCCAUCGCCAGCCUCAACGGCUACCGCCUGGGCGAGCGCGUGCUGCAGGUGUCCUUCAAGACCAGCAAACAGCACAAGGCCUGAGGCGCCGCCGCCCUCCCCACCCUCCCCGGGCAGCAGAGACAGAGAGAGAGAGAGAGAGAGAGAGACAGGGGGCCCGAGAGAGACAGCGCAGGCAGACCACGGACGGCACGAGGGCCCUGCGUCCCUGCAGAAGCCACAGGGUGAGCACUUGGUGGGAGGGUCUGCAGGGAAUGGGGGGUGCCUGGGGGCCCCCUCCCCCACCCCAACGCCCCUCCCCACUAGGCUGGGCUGUUCACUCUCUCGUCUUGGUUUCGUUCAUGGUGAAGGUUUUUGUUUCCUUUUUCGGCUAAAAUGAAAGCAGAGAUGUGCCCCUAGCCCACCACUCAACCACCCUCCACGGAUGGCUUGGGGUGGGGGGCAUUGGGGGUGCCCUCCCAGGCCCCCUUGCCCAGGCCUUCCCAGUUACCUAGGUGAGCCUGAGAGGGGGGGAACAGGUUUAAAAAUCCCCAAAAAAGUGAAACAUGAGAGGGGUGUGGUCAGCCCUGGCCCAGAGCCCCUUGGUGUGGAAUGUGAGGAGCAGGGGGAGGGGCUGGAAACAGAGACAAAAUGAAAAAAAAAAAAGGGGGGGGGGGGAGGGGAAGAAAAACUCUAUUUUUGUAAAAAGGGAAAAAAGACCUCGUGGAGAAUUUUUACUGGGGAUUCUUGAACUUGAAAAAAAAAAAACACAAAAAAAGACAAAAAAAAAUAUUUUGGCAGGUUAUGUUUACCAACUGGGGCAGGGACAGGGAGCAGGGCUUAGGAGCUGAGGGUCCGUGGGGCCACACAGAGAAACACAGCCACGCAAAGAUCCACAGGGGCAGGCACAUGUACACACCCCCAGGGACACACAGCAGCAGAGGGACCCAGAGACACGCCUCAGGAAAACUCCUUGGCCCGAUAAACAUGGAAGAGCAAAGUAUGGGGCCACACACGAUUGGCCAUGGUGGACUCGGACAUGGGCGAAUGUGGCCAAGGGCAGAGGUGGCCACAGGUGGGUGUGGCCAAGGACAAAUGUGGACACGUGCACACGUGAACAUGGGAACAUUACCCCACGUGCACGUGGCCAUGUGGAGACAGAUUCAUUUGGACAUAAAUCUAGACACCCAGGCAUGGAGACACAUAGUCACAACACCCAGAGACACGCAGACACGCCCACAGCAUCGUUCAGGCCCAGGUGAGCAGCCACAGCCCAGACCCCAGCCCAGCCCAUAGCCCACUUCCUCCGUUAGCAAGGCCGGCCGGCCCCACCCCACCCCCGACACUCCAGCCCCACUGGCCCCGCCCCAGGUUCUCUGCAGAGAUCUCUCCUGGCUCCUCAGUGGUCCCUGCUGCCCACGAUCACAGGCGUGCACACACAGCGUCCAUGCAUCCAGACACAGGAUACCUCGUUACCCUUUUGGCAUCACGGUGGGCUGGAGGCAGCCCCCCCCCACAACACUUGAGGCCAAAGGAACCCCCACCCCCAACCCUAGGGCUGAGCCUCCCUGGGCCAAGGCCCUGGCCCACAAGGCCAGGGGGAGGCUGGGCCCUGAGCCUCCCCGCUCUAGAGCCUCCCCCAGCAGCAAGCGCCCACCACUUUCCUGGACAGGCCCAGGGUGGAUUGGCCCAGGGGCCCAGCCCCAUCUUUUCUUCCCGUCCACUUGUCACCCCCUUUCAGUUUGUUGGGUUUUUCUGUCUUUCCAGAUCAGUGAGGGCAGUGGACGCAGCAGCCCCCAUCCCGAGCCCCAGCCUCGGCUUCUGUCUGGACUUUUCCAUCCUCCUAGUUUUCAUUCUUUGUUUAAAAAAAAAAAAUCCAACAGAAGCCAAAGGCCGGAGCCCCCGGGAGCCCUCGCCCCUCACCCCCACAGUGGGCCCAGUCAGAACCGAGAAUGGCAAACCCCAGUUUCAGCCCCUCCUCCGGUGUCCCUGCGUUUGGUGUCUGGCCUUGGCCCCAUCUGACUGCCCAGCUCUCUCUCCCCCACCCCUCCCGGUGUUGUUAUUAAACGUCUGUGGAGCUUCUGCUGCAAGGAACAAAAAGAAAAAAAAAAAUCAAAAAAGCGACAAAAAAACACAAACAGAAGAGGAAAAAAGCGACAAAAAAAAAAAAAAAUGGAAGAGAAAAAAAACCACACACACAGAAGAGAUUUAAAAAAAAAAAGAAAAAAAAAAGACAUAAACUGGCACCAGUUAACUUUCUUGUACUUUUUUGCCGAAUUGAGCUUCUUGUAGUUUUAACUUAUUGCUAUGUUAACUAUUUAUCCUUGUUGCCCUGUAAGGACAUUUGUGUAUAUUUCUGUUCCUUCAUCCAGUUUGCAAGUUUAAAGGAACCACGAUGUUCUCUUUGUUUCUUUAAGUUUUGCCGAGACGUGGUUAUGCCUAAUUUAUUUAUAAAAGGGGAAGUGGAAUCAUUAAAGUAAUAAUAAUUAUUAAUAACAGUAAUGGUAGCCGAGCGGCGCCCCGUGGGGGGGCCUGUGCUCUGCAGGGCGGUCCCUGCAGCCAGCGACGUCCGGGGUCUUUAAUGGGAUUAUUUUUGCUCGUCUUGAGAAUUUUUUCAGUCCUAUUUAGCUGGUGAAACCCUAGCUUGUUCUUGAUACACGAACCUAUUUAUUCUUGUGGUUUUUAAGUCCUCCCCAACCUCCCCGCUCCCCUCCAGCAGGGCAGGCCCCCCAGCGGGUCCAUCCCUCUCCCUCUGUUUUCUUGGGGCUUUCUCCCCUCUGCCGUCCGCCCGCAGCGACGCGUGUCCACACGUGGACAGCGUGGCGGAGGCAUCUGUGAGCAAUAAGGGCUGGGUUUGUCCCCCACCCUGGGGGAGGCCGGGCUCCAGAGAGGGGGCACCUCCCCACACCCCCUCAACUGAGGCCCUGGGCCCCUGCCACCCCCAACUGGGAGGGGACUCCUUUUUCUAAAACACAGAACUCAGCCCAGCCAGCCAGGCCCCUUUCCUGGAGGCCAGCCCCUCACCCCAGGGGAGGUGGGGCCUGGGGUCUUCCGCAUCCCUGCGUGGGGCAGGGGCAGGGCCCAUGGGGAAGAGGCUCAGCCCCUCCAGCCCUCCCUUCAUCCUGUUAUUUAUUUGGAUGGUUUCAAAUCAAGACAGAGUCCAUGUUGGAGGUGAUAAAGAACUGUUACAAAAAAAAAAAAAAAAGACAAAAAAAACCCCCAAAACCCAACAAGAACACUUUGCGUUGAGUUUAGACACUAUUUAUUACCGGGAUUACAGGCCUGGCCGCGGUAACAGACUUUUACAUGGAAUUGUUUAAUUAUUUGUACUUUUCAUGCCAGAAAAAUAAAAGUUCAGAAUCUUA